AUGGGUUGGUAUAACGUUGUUGUGGAGGAUACCUUUCAGGACCAGCUUCCUCUCUAUUUCACGUGCAAAGCAGUGUCCAUUUUGUGUCUUACUUCACCUUCACCUCAAACUCAAGGGCCUUUAAAAGCUCAAAAGCACUCCUCAAUAGCAUGCAACUUGGCAUUUUCCAUCUCCAUCUUCACCUUGUUCUGGUUUGAGGGCACCCACAUCAAAAUUUUGUGCAUGUGUUUGUCUGAGGGAGAGAGAGGCAUGGCACUUGAAGCAGUAGUGUAUCCCCAACCCCAAGACCCGUUUGGCUAUGCAAUCAAAGACCCUUACAACUACAGCAACUUGUUAGAAGGUGCUGCAGGCAACUGGGGCUAUGGAGAUUUCACCCUUGAAAAGGAAGACCAGGCUUGUGUCACUUUUCUGGACAACCAAACAGAGAAUUAUCCCUAUGGAGAUUGGAACUCUUCCCCUCCAUCCUUGUUGCCUCACAACAUGAAUGCAUCAAAUCCUCCUUCUUCAGAAACCAGCAACACACAGAACAACUUAGAUAGUUCAGUUUCCACCCCUGCUCGUCCCAAAAGGCGCAGAACCAAAAGCAGAAAGAAUAAGGAAGAGAUCGAGAACCAGAGAAUGACUCACAUUGCUGUAGAGCGCAACAGAAGGAAGCAAAUGAACGAGUACCUCUCUGUUCUUCGCGCUCUAAUGCCUGAAUCUUACGUCCAAAGGGUACUUCAAUCACACAUUUCCUCCACCAAAACAUGCUUCUGCUUUUCACUUUCUUCAAGGGGAAAUCUACAAUUUAUCUCUGAUUCACUUCAUGCUGGUGAUCAAGCAUCUAUUAUUGGGGGUGCUAUCAACUUUGUUAAGGAGCUUGAGCAGAGGCUGCAAUUUCUUGGUGCUCAGAAAGAAAAAGAGGGGAAACCUGAUGUACCCUUUUCUGAGUUCUUCUCAUUUCCUCAGUACUCAACAAGUGCCAGUGGUGGCUGUGAUAACUCUGCAGCCAUGAGUGAGCAAAAGGGUGAGGUUCAGUCUGGCAUUGCUGACAUAGAAGUGACAAUGGUAGAGAGCCAUGCAAAUCUCAAAAUAAGAUCCAAGAAACGGCCAAAGCAGCUCUUGACAAUAGUCUCUAGUUUGCAUGGCAUGCGUCUCACAAUCUUGCACCUAAAUGUUACCACCACCGAGGAAAUUGUCCUGUAUUCUCUCAAUGUCAAGGUGGAAGAAGAUUGCAAGCUGGGAUCAGUGGAUGAGAUAGCCGCAGCUGUAUACCAAAUGCUGGACAGGAUCCAACAAGAAUCAAUGGUGAAUUAA